AUGGUGGCCGAACAGACUCUAAGGCAGCUGGAGGUGCGAGCGCCACCAAACGGAGAUUCCAGACGACGUGUCAACGUCGGCUAUCUUUUUUCAUUCCUUUACCAUCCACCAUCGAAACAUCUCAGAUUCGUAAUCCGAAUACUGAGAUCCUCGCCCUGCUAUACUCUCAAUACUGAACGCAAGUUGAAAGAAGGCAUUCGACCUGUGGCGACUCCCUCUCCUGAAGAAGUUAGCGCCGCCAAGCGGAAAGUUCAAUAUCGCGAGGACCUUUUUCACUUUGCAGUAGCCGGGGUGGCAGGAGCAGGGAAAUCAUCUCUCAUCAAUGCCUUUUGCGGUUUACGCAAUAAGGACCUCAGAUCUGCUGCCACUGGUGUCACCGAGACAACGCUAGCCAUGGCUAGAAUCCCUCACCCCGACGCGGAAUACCCCCUUGUCUGGUACGAUAUCCCAGGUGCAGGCACGCUCAAAAUCUCAGAUUGGCAGCACUUCAAUGCCCAAGGACUCUACGUCUUCAACUGCAUCAUCAUCCUGUUCGACAAUCGCUUCACUAUGACCGACAUUGCCAUCCUCACCAACUGCAGGCGUUUCCGGAUCCCCACGUAUAUCGUGCGCUCUAAGGCAGAUCAACACAUUUCUAAUAUCAUGGACGAUAUGGCGAACGAUAGCGAUGACGAUGACGGUGAUGAGAGCGAGGAUAAGAAGAAGAAGCUUUACCAGGCUGCACGGCAGCAGUUCAUUCAGCAGACGCGUAAGAGCGUGAAAGACAACCUUGAGGAUGCGAACAUUCCGGACCAAAAGGUUUACAUCGUUUCAAAUAAAACGAUGAUCGGUGUCGUGAAGAGCAAGCAGGCAGUGAAGGUCAUCGACGAGAUCGAGUUGUUGAACGAUUUGAUUCAAGAAACCCAGACUAGGCGAGCACGUCGUGAUGCCGAAGUGGACAUUAUUAUGAAUGAGAAGUGGUGGCUGAUGAUAGAGAUCUUCAAGUCAUUAUAUUGCUUCCUUCGGGCUCUUACCAAUGCUGAUGUUGAUCCGUUCUCGCCAUGA